CGAUGCGAGCAACAUCAACGACGAAGAGCCCGCGGAGGAAGAAAUGGAGUACUCUGACGAUGAGGCGGAAGCCGCGGCGAAACGCGCUAGGACGCAGAGGUAAGCAUGCCAGCAGCGUCAUAGAAGACUGACUUACCGCACUAUAGGCACCGGUCCCGCUCUGCUGCUUCGUCGAGGCAUACAACUCCCAUACCCUCGAUGAGGCGGGACUCGGACAUGUCCGAGGACGAUGCAUAUGGCGUCAAUCAUCACGGCCAACGGGAUCCGUACAACGACCUCGAUUAUGGUGCAGGACCGUCUCGCCCUGCUCCUAUGCCCUACGACGAUCCGUACGCGGACAACUAUGGUGUACCUGACUCGGUCCCUUCAGCGCCCCAGGGCUCGCCAAGCACUUCUCAAGACCAAGGCGACAACAGGUCUGAGAGUGGAGACCACAAUGUUAGUCGUGGGCGUGGAAGAGGUCACUUCAAUGCAUCCGGAAGGGGAAGACGCGAUGACCACGGCCGGGGCCGAGGCCGUGGACGGGGUCGAGGGAGGGAGCGCGGAAGAGGCCGUGGACGAGGUCGCGACGACCGACAAUCAUGGGGUGGCGGCGACAGGGGAUCCAAGGUGCAUUCGUCUCCUCAUGCCGACUAUGAUCCCCAGCCACGUCGUUCGAUGUCUCCCACGUCGCUGGCCAUCGCACGAGCGACUGGUCAGUACUCUGACGGGUCCGUAGCGACCCAGGCAGCGCAGCCUUAUUCAGAUGUCUACCAACAUAUGAACGACGGCGGGUGGGGCGACCAGUACGCCCAGCAGCAGCAGCAGCAGUUCAAUUUCCCCGGAUACGGGUACCAAAAUCAGUAUGUGCAACCGCACAUCAACCCCGUUUGCCUCCACCUUCGCGAUGAACUUUGGAUUCGCGCAGGCGAACCAGUAUACUCCCUAUGGGAAUGCGGGGUACAGCGCUGCAGGCGACGAGUCUGGAGCUUGGAACCAGAGCUGGGGCUCCUCUGCAGAUGGUGACGCUGAGUCAUCCAACAGGGAUAGUAGUUGAUGAUCAAUAUGAUACGAUAUUCCGAAG